AGAAGAAAAAAAAUGAAGGAAAAGGGAAGAAGAGUGAACAGAACCUUUUCUGUCCAUGAAAAGGUUAUUCAAACGCUGCUUCUAUAGCCUCAUUGCACCCCUCCAUCCUAUUACUGAAAAAGCUGAUUUUGUUUAGAGGGACGUCUUUUUUUUCCUUCCGAUUUUGACUUCAACUAAGUUUUUGGGAUAUGGGUUUUCUUCCCACUCCAAUGUACAGUCCUUUUUUAGUGACUUUCCAUGGAAUUUAGCUUUUAUUUGUAUAUCUGAUUUGUGAGGACGUGCUACCCCGUCUUGUGUAGACCCUUUCGAUUUCUAUCAAAAAAAAAGCUGAACUGUCUAUUUUGCUUUCUUCAAAUGCAGAAUUUUCCCGAAAUAUACUGAUUCACACUAACGGAUCGUUUCCCAAUGGAACCGCCGCUAGUCUGGUCUCUUUCUCACUCUGCCCUCUUCUGAAAUCUGAAUUCAAUUCUCAAUCUCUACCUCCUCCUCCUCUCUCUCUUCUUCUCAUACACCUUUCUCUCAUUCUCAAGCUCACAGAUAGACACACACACACUCUCUCUCUCCCCCAUGUUGCAAUUCACUGAAACACCACUUCCACCUUCCUUGCACCAAUAUGCAAUUAACCCUUAUUCAGAUCUCACCAUGAGCAAGAACCCAUUUCAUAGAACCCGGCCGUGGCCUGGAUUUCCGACAUCGAAGGCUCUCGGGAACUUCGGUGAUGCCAAUUGCAUGGAGCAGCUGCUGGUGCACUGUGCGAACGCAAUUGAUAGCAACGAUGCCACCUUAGCCCAACAGAUCCUCUGGGUUUUGAACAACAUCGCUCCUCCGGACGGAGACUCCAAUCAACGCCUCACUUGUGGCUUCCUCCGAGCUCUUAUCGUCCGUGCAGCAAAAACAGGAAGUUGCAAGAUGCUCACAGCAAUGGCCAACGCCAACGCUAACCUAGCUCUCCAUGCCCACAAGUUCUCCGUUAUCGAGCUUGCUAGCUUCGUUGACCUCACCCCGUGGCAUCGAUUUGGCUUCACCGCAGCUAAUGCUGCCAUUUUAGAAGCCAUCGAAGGGUUCUCUGUGGUCCACAUCAUUGAUCUAAGCUCCACCCACUGCAUGCAGAUCCCAACACUAAUUGAUUCAAUUGCAAACCGUCCAGAGGGUCCACCCUUUAUCAAGCUCACAGUCGCCGGCGCCACCACCGAUGUCCCCCCGAUGCUUGACCUAUCCUAUGAGGAUUUGGGUUCAAGGCUGGUGAAUUUUGCGAGGUCUCGGAAUGUAGGGAUGGAGUUCAGGGUGAUUCCUUCCAGUUCUUCUGAUGGGUUCGCAUCUUUGAUUGAACAACUUCGUGUGGUGCAGCAGCUAGUAUUUGCUGAAGGAGGAGGCGAAGGAGAGGCUCUCGUUGUAAACUGUCACAUGAUGCUUCAUUACAUACCAGAAGAAACCCUCGGUGUAACCCCUUACAGUUUCGAGUCUUCUACUACAUCUUCUCUUCGAACCAUGUUUCUUAAAGCGAUUCGCAGUUUAGAGCCCACGGUCGUUGUUGUAGUGGAUGAAGAUGCAGAUUUCACAUCAAACAACUUGGUCUGUAGAUUGAGAUCAGCAUUUAAUUAUCUAUGGAUACCUUACGAUACGGUGGAUACAUUCCUUCCCAGAGGGAGCAAGCAAAGGCAGUGGUACGAAGCGGAUAUAUGCUGGAAGAUAGAGAAUGUGAUUGCACAAGAGGGUGUGCAGAGGGUCGAACGUCUGGAGCCCAAAAGCAGGUGGAUUCAGAGAAUGAGAAAUGCAAAUUUUCGGGGAAUCCCAUUUAGCGAAGAGUCUAUUUUAGAGGUCAAGAGCAUGCUUGAUGACCAUGCCGCCGGUUGGGGGUUAAAGAAGGCAGAAGAUGAAGGUCUUGUGCUUACAUGGAAAGGACACAAUGUUGUGUUUGCUACUGCUUGGGUCCCUACUUGAAACAUUUUUUCUCUUCUUUUCUUUUCGUUUUUACUCUUUAAUCUGUAAACUCCUUCGUCGUCUCUCAUUCCACAGCUUUUCUAUUCUCCAGAAGUGUACGAUCCAUAGCUUUUAUGCUCUCUCUCUCUCUCUCUCUCUCUCUCUCUCUCUCUCGUGUGAGAACUGAGCAGUACUUUUCCCCUUUUGUUGCCGUAGCGUUGCAUUGGACAUAUCCUCGUGUGUUUCUUUAUGCUUCGCGUUCUGCGAAUGUAAUGUAUAUAUUCGUGUUUCUGUGUUUAGAGCUGUGUGAGGAAGUGUGUGUGAUCUCAGAGUCAGCGCAAUUUGCAGGGUUCUCUUGUACACUACAGAUUGGUAUACGGGAAAAUAUGAACUUUCAGGUAUUA